CCCCCCUACGCCGGGGCGGAAUGGAUUCGCUCGCGCGCGCCCAGCCGGCAUUUCCAGCAGAAAAAGCUGGACCAACGGGAUAUUCAGGAGCUGGGGCAAACAUACCGGUGCACAGAAUGACGGACAUGAUGUUGUUCUCAGCGUCCCAUCAUCGAUGGCGCAUGCCGCAGUUGGCUUGGACAGACCAGAGCCUCGUCUGCGUUGGCCGUCGGAUGGUUGCAGUGCAGUGCAGUGCGAGGACGUGGUCGGGCUUUGUGUGCUUUCUUACAUUGAGCUUCAGAGCUGAGGUCAUUGGGUAAGUUCGGUGGGGGGAGCCUACGCUUGGUGGUCUGUGCUUGUGCACGGGUGGUUAAACCUUGUCCCAGGACAAGACAAUACUUGGUUCAGGGGCUGAACGCCUCAAGAAUACCCCCAAAACACUCCUUGUGCCGCCAAACUACAUGCCUUUUCCGUCUUGCGGGACUAUUAACGUUGAUCAGAGAAGCCUAUUCCAUUUGGUACACUUCAUGCUGCCAUAGCACUCACCGACUACGCCAUGGAAAACGCCCGAAGCAUUGCUCCAAGCCCUGUCACGGGCCUCGCCUCAAUGCCCACCGAAUCAGAUAGGCUUCCCACUACUCUCGAGGACCACAAGCCGGCGGCCCGGAAGUGCUCUGCUAGUGCGGCAACACUAGGCUGCGCCACCUGCGAUUCUGUGUUAGGCCGACCUGAUGAUCAGGGUCUGGUCAGGCUAACGAGUCCCGAAGGUAUCCAGCAGCCCAAAGGUCGGCGCAUGACCUCGGUCACAUCGGUGUUGGGCGACACUGUCAGCGAACUCCGAGGUUAGGCUCGCGCGGUUGUGCGACACUGACAAGGCCUUAUAUGGCUGGCGGUCCUGGGAUUUUCUCCGAUACACACCUCGGUUGGGUUGAGAAUCAAAAGGCGACGAAUAGGAAGCUGGGAGACACUAGCUAGAGCAAAGGGCAGCCAAUAAUCAGGGGAAUCUUUAACCCGAAAUGUGCC